UCAACAGGCUCUGAACAGAUUGAAACUAUAACAGACAUGGACCUGCUGAUCAUUUUCUGUCACAUCCUGCUUUUAUGUUUCGAUCCAUCGGCAGCAACAAGCCUCAUCACAGCUGAUAUAUUUGAAGCCAGAGGUCAGCGUGUGUGUAAAGCAGGAAAAGGGAAGCCCUGUUACAAACUGGCCUACUUCUCUGAACUCCGGCGGAAGCUGAACUUCGUGGAGGCAGAGCUCGCCUGCAAACGGGACGGAGGCCAGCUGCUGAGUGUGGAGUCUCUGGCAGAGCAGAAGGUCAUAGAGCAGCUCAUCACCGAGCUUCGCCCCACCGACGGAGACUUCUGGAUUGGACUCCGCCGUAACCAUGGCGAUGGUGACAGCAUCACCGACUGCUCUUCACAGUACUACUGGGUGGACGGCAGCAAGUCCACGUACAGAAACUGGCACUGGGAUGAGCCGUCAUGUGGAUACGAGGUGUGUGUGGUCAUGUACCACCAACCGUCUGCUCCCCCCGGUCUGGGGGGGCUCUAUAUGUUCCAGUGGAACGACGACAACUGUGAAACCAAGAACAACUUCAUCUGCAAAUACACUGCAGAGAAAACAUUGGAUACCUCCCCUCCACCAAACUCCACACAGACAGGUAGAGUAUAUCCCUUCAUCUGUGCAACCCUCGAACACGAACAACUACCAGGACGGAAGUAUAUGUUCACUUACUUCAAAACUGGAUUUAUAAAUGUGUACAUCCACAUGUUUACAUUAGACAUCACUAAACUUAUGUUGAUAUGUUGUGUUUCUGUUUCAGCCUUGAAUUUGGUUUACAUCAUUAUUCCCACCAUUCCUCUGAUACUGCUGUUCCUAACUGUGACAGGAGUCUGCUGUUAUAAACUUCUGACUGGACGACAGAGGAGACAGCAGAAAUCAGAAGUCUGUCAAACAGAACCAGGACUCUGCCCGAGUCCCAAACCCACCGACGUGUACAACGUGAUCCGCUCCCAGAAGGACGACGACCUGGUUUCUGCUCGUCCACACACCAAGAACACCUCUUUCCUGUGUUCCUCUCCUGACACGCCAACAGGUGACUACGACAACCUCGGCGGUCGGGACACAGAGAGCGGCUUUGUCACACUUGCGAGCACAGAGAGCUGCUUCCUGAACUUUGACCUCACUGAGCUGAGCCUCGGGCGUCGUGGCACCCGUGACUUCUACGACACCAGUUUAGGUCGAUCCGGGAAGAGGGACUUGAACGACAGCAGCCUGGGUCGCACUGGACACAGAGAGUUUUAUGACAGGAGUUUGGGCCGCCGAACAACCAAGAGCGAGCACUACGGCAGCGGCGUGUACGGAGACCAUGAGUUGUACGACAGCAGUGUGAGAGCAGGAAGUGAGCUCUAUGAGCCCAAACUGAGGCCGGCACCCACAGUCAAGGCCGAUCUCUAUCAGACAUACAUCAACAACGGCAAGGAGGACACUUACCAAACCACUCUGGGGACCUGGGGGCCACGCAAGUCCUACCAAGCCAACCUGGACUGCUACAGAAACGGGCUGACUCUGGACAGGAGAUACUUCAAUGAACAAGACUGGAUCAACAGAGAAAACUACUGACCCUCAAAACCUUCCAUUUCCAGUGUACUGCAGUGUGUGUGAUUAGGACUGAGCGCUGGAAAAUAUGCAUGUACACGAAAUGACUGUAUCUGUGUGGUG